UUCGCGCCGUCUGCUGUGGUGGUGUGGGGUGCGCGGUGUUGUGCUCUCCGAUUGUGUGCGGAAGGGCUGUGACCGUGUGUAAUAACAAAAAAUAAAUCGCGUAGGGAGUGAGCCGUGAGGUGUCCAUCCGUGGCUACCAAACUUGUCCGCAAGGUUCAGCAUUUGUAAGCAAGGAGAGUCACGAACAUGAGAACUAAAUACGACUUAGAUGCAUCCAGAGAGGGUGACCGGAGUCAACUAUCGUCCGAGAGUCACCCGUUCGUGGACCCGGCGUCCGCCCCGCGUCCCCUGGUGUACACGCCUCGUGACGAGCCGGUCAAGCUGAGCCCCGCGUGGGAGGCGAGCAACGUUCCGCCCGAGCAGCUGAACUUUCUGGACGUGACGGCGGAGAAACUGCCGGACGACGAGCCGCCCCACGACAGCGAUACUCAGUGAAGCAGUGGCGACUGAUCAGAAGACAGCAUCUCGUGUGCUUGCGGUAACCUACUGAUGACCCAGUGACAAUAACCAGUGACUUGACCUCAGCGCCGCGCUCGUGACCGGGCAGUGACCUCAGUGACCGAGCGGUGAACUGGGUGACCGAGCAGGGACCUCGGUGACCGGGCAGUGACCGCCGGUGUCGGUGCCGCAGCGCCAUGGUCUCCGGCGUCAGCUGCGCCGGUGGCGGCGGUGCCGAUGGCGAGGCGGCGCCGCUGGCCAGCACGGAGGACCUGAGCGGCUCGGCGCUGGGCACCCCGCGCACCCUGGUGCGCCAGCAGCCGCCCAGCCGGCCGCCGGGUCCGGCGGCGCGCGGCAGGGACGUCUCCAAGCGCAUCUACGAUCAGAUGCGUCUCGGAGAGGUGGAGCAGCUGGAGCUACAGGAGGAGCCGACGGACUCAUGUUCGCUGAUCUACCUGGUGUUCGUUCUGCACGGCAUUGGCACGCUGAUGCCAUGGAACAUGUUUAUCACGGCCAAAGACUACUUCGUCAACUACAAACUGUCGGAGGCUCACACGGGCGUCGUCUCCGAGUACGCCACCAACUUCCUGCCGUAUGUCGGCUUCGCUUCUCACAUCCCCAGUGUGUUGAUCAACUGGAUCAACGUCUUCGCCAGGAUGGGAGGCUCGCUGGCCCGGCGGAUUAUCUGGAGCCUGUGCGUCAUCACCAUGGUGUUCAUCUUCACCGUGAUACUGGCCAUGGUGGACUCGAGUCGGUGGCCGGGACCCUUCUUCUUCACCACAAUCACGUCGGUGGUCAUACUCAACGUGGCGAACGGCAUCUACCAGAACUCCGUAUACGGCCUGGCGGCGCGGCUUCCCUUCCGCUACACGGGAGCCGUGGUGCUCGGAUCGAACAUUAGCGGCACGGUGACGGCGCUGAUCAAGAUCCUGUCGAUCGCGAUGGCACCGAACCCGCGGACUGCUGCGAUCUACUACUUCAUAACGGCGCUGUUCAUUCUGCUCGCCUGUUUCGACACCUACUUCGCCUUGCCGCUCAGCAGGUUCUACCGGUACCACAAGCUGAAGUCGCUGCGGGCGGGCAGUGAGGCUCACGGUCCAUCCACCGCCGUGCCCUACUGGCACAUCUUCAAGAAGGCGUUCCCACAGCUGCUGAACGUGUUCCUCGUCUUCUUCGUCACACUGUCCGUGUUCCCCACGGUGCUGGCAGAUAUCAACAUGGUUGACGAGGACUUCUUCGUGCCGAAACAGUACUUUGCUGCCGUGUUGUGUUUCUUCACCUUCAACUUCACGGCCAUGCUGGGCAACUUGAUGCCCAAUCUGUUUGUGAUGCCGACGCCGCGCUGGCUGUGGCUGCCGGUGGUGCUGCGAUUCGCGUUCAUCCCCUACUUCGUGCUCUGCAACUACCUGCCGGUGCACGUGGAGCGAGUGACGCCAGUCUACAUCAACAACGACUGGGCCUACUGGGGCAUGGUGGUGCUGCUUGGACUCAGCUCGGGAUACUUCUCGUCACUGGGCAUGAUGUACUGUCCCAGGACGGUGGAGCCGCAGUUUGCUUCCACGGCCGGUAUGUUCGGCGCCGCCGCGCUCGUCACGGGCGUCUGCUCGGGAGUACAGUUCUCGCUGGUGCUCUCCUGGUUCGUCCAAAACGUCAACUUUGCGUAGUGACGGCCGUCAGUGGCGACAUCUAUCCAAGAUGAAGCGCGGUGGCAAAACGCUUCUGCGCUGGCAGUGAUCUUCACUCAAAGCCAAGACGCUUCCUGCGGACAGCUGCUCCAGCCAGCAACCAGUCAUAAGCUCCUCGCAGUGGUGUGUUAAGUGUUUGCCUUUGAAGAGGACACUCAUGCCCUAGUGGACUCGGCAGCCUUGCGGAAGUGGGCAUACAGCAUCUCGCUCGCUGGUGUUAUUGAAGCUGCGGAGCUCUGGCGAUGAACAACCCGGUGCUUUAUGAAUGGGAAGCGCCGCCAGCGCCCAUCUGAGUCUCCUAUAACGCGGCCGUUGCGGCCUGACUUUGCGCUCUUCUGACGGGCAGCGAACUUACGCCACCCAGCCCGGAGUGCCGCGUAACCGUAGUGCAAUUACCGAGUGAUUGAUGCCUCGAGACGACGCCCUAUGGCGGAUACAGCCGAGUGAGACUUUUGUUUGACGUUGCGGCGAGGAGUGUCUCUGACUCGGGCGGAUCUCGGGCCUUCCGCCGCAGGGCAGCUACGGCAAGUCAUUGGUGCGUGUGUGACGCGUGUUGACAGUCGCGUAUGUUGUGCUCGAUGGAGUGUUUCUGUUGUUUUGUGAGGGCCUCUGUUCGUAUGGGCCCGGACGCGCUGCGUGCGUUACCUUUCUGUUACUCAGUCGGCGCGGAGCCGACGCGACUGCCUGUUUCGCUGCUGUUUUGUUCUGUGUCGGUGGCCGCUGAGUAUCGGUGCCUUGUGAGGUGUAGUCUCGGGUGUAAAGAGCUCGCGACUGGCCGUUUCCACGCGACUCGUGGUGUAUGAAUGUGGCGUUUCUGUACGGAAUAUCAAGACGUUUCUACAAACCUUUAGACUCUUUAGUGCCCUGCUACAAACAUAUCGUUUAUUGGUGUCGAAUGAUGCGACACCAAACAACAAACCACCUUAUCGCUUUAGGACAUUUUUGCAAACACUUCACACAAAACCAAGAUACUCAAAAUGUUAACACAUGCGAUGUAAAAACACUCAAUGCGGUACAUGUUUUAGAUCACACGAUUGAUCGUGUUUUAUCCAAUACCAACCCCACCCCAAGAAUUGUACACUUCACAGGUCACGUGAUGCACGUUAACCAGGGAUGACGGGCCAUGCAUUACGGUCCUUCAUCACUCAUCAGGACAGGAGUCACGUAGUCAGUGACCACCCCCUGAGGACGGCGAUACCAAGCACGAAUACUCAGGUGACGCCUGCGAGGGCUUGCUUUGAUAACGCAGUGACCACGCAGAACGACAGCAUCGGACAAAGCCGUUGACCCGGCUGAUCGUCCUACCUCGUCCUAACUGUGUGGAAGGCGCGAACCCAAGCGAAGAGAACAUCGCGUGACACCCCAGUCCAUCUACUUCCGCGAGCGAUCAUGUGAUUGUUCCGAAUGCUCGCCGUUCACACAAGGACAGGUCACGUGAUAUAGUGAUGACCAAACGUGUGAGGUCACAUGAUGCUGCCGGUGCCGCUGGACAGGUUGGCCAUCAGCAGCUCCAUCUUGUUGAGAAAGUUGCGGCCCUCCAUCUUCUCCCAUUUGAUCUGUGGAGACAGACAACGUCACUCGUCAGGUAUUGGUCAAUAACACUUGGUACUAGUUGGCACUGCAGCUGAUGGAGUGCCAACUACUACUUGGUCUUGGUACUACAGAUGGCAUUCGACACAGUCAAAAACAACGCAGCAACCGCGCGAUUUAGGAACUAUCCGACCAAUCAUAACACAAUCAGCGUACACACCACCCUCGCGCUGCGCCCUCUCCUUCCUCCCCAUAUCACCCACCUGUCGGAAGGCUCCUCCGAGAUGCUCCCACUUGUGUUCGGUGACCAGCGCCGUGGGGAAGAAGUCCCGUUUGGGCGACUGGGCCACACUGACAGUGACCGGCUCGCCGUGGGGCUGACAGCGGACGGCCACGUAACAGUGUCCGCCGGGGGCCGAGAGGACGCAGCUGGAGGAGGCCGCCCCGCCGCCGCCCGACUGGGCCGUCUGUGAGGCGUCUGAUCCCCCGCCGCCGCCGCCGCCCUGUCCGCUGCUGCUGCUCUUCACCGUCCAGCCCAUGAUACGGCCCAGGGACUGGGCGGCCAGCAGGUUAUGCUGAGAGACCUGUGCAGAGACGGGGCAGCGAGAGAGGUGGUUAGUCAAUGUACAGGGUGAUUCAUAGCCGUGUGACCGAAAAUAAAUGAAAACUACAGGAAAUGCAUUCGUGUUACAUGCCAUUGCCAAGUACCAUAUUAAACAGCCAAAUCUGAAGUUUUGAUCCAUGUAUAGCAUCAGUCACAAAUACUUUUCGUUCGCCUCUCACAAGCUUCUUUUAAACAAGAUGUUCAAAAUGGCCACCUCGGCGACGGAUGCACUCCAGCGCCAGAGCCUAAAGUUGGCGAUGGCGCGGACGCACAACAUUUCUAAGGAAAUAGAACCAAAGCAGCCUCCAAUGGCAUCCUUCAGCCCCAGAAUAUCCUGAGGACUCUCCUCACAGACCUCGGACUUUGCAUAGCCCCAGAGGAAGAAUUCCACGACGCUGAGCUCCGGCGAGCGUGGCGCCCACCUGACCUCAGCGCUCUUUGAAAUCAACUUUC